AUGGGGAAUUCACAAACCAAGGAGGCUCGCUCCUCUUUGGCGCCCUCGGUUCGACAUCGAUCGUUAUCUGACCAGAGCCACUCGUCCCCGUACCAUGGCGGCGAGGGCUCGCGGUCGCUGCGAUCCAGCCGGCCCGAUCUCUCGUUCCUCGGCAUCGGCGGAUCUACCGAGAGAGAUGCUACAACGCACGACCAUCGCCGAGAGACGAAACAAGACCGGGAGGCGCGCCGUCUGGAGAGGGAUCGCGCUGCCAGGUUGAAGGAGCGAGAGCGGAGCAUGCUGGAAGAACAUGUCGAUGGAGGCUAUCUGGUGACCCAGGGAGUCUACGUCGGCGUGGAAGACUUUAACAAAGCAAUCGUUCGCCAGCUGAUGAUCGAACGACGGGUGGCCCCGUUUUGGCGAGGGUUGAACGAUUUCUCCGAGUCUUGGGCUGAACACCAGCUGAUGGCUGCCGCUCGAGGAAUGCCCAUUCCCCCCCCUGACCAGAUCCCUCCCGAACUAGAGUACACUCCUCGGUCUCAAGGUGCCGAUAGUGGCACCCAAUCGCCUGAAAAAAGCGCCCAAUUUUUAGCAGUGCCAAACUCGGCCCAAUCACCAUCCACGAAUCCCGAAAACACCCCGGUCCUGACACCCACUCACUCUUUGCCAUCACCUUCAUCCCCAAUCGCUUCAGGAACAUCGAGUUCGCCCCUUUUUCGAGGUCGAGCCAAGACAUUGGCCGCUCUUACCAGCUCCAAAAACAACUCAAAUACAGAAAUGGCGCCGCGGGAAUAUAUACUGGCACAUGAUCCAUUUGUGAAUGGCCAGCCCAUUGAAGCCUAUCUGUACAAAGAUGCCAGCGAAUGUCCGAUCUGCUUCCUUUACUACCCUCCCUACCUCAAUCGGACCCGAUGCUGUGACCAGCCGAUCUGUUCAGAAUGUUUCGUCCAGAUCAAACGCCCCGAUCCACAUCCUCCUGAGCACACCGAGCACGCCGAGCAGGAUCCAAAUGCGCCUACAGAGGAUGUUAGCAACAGCGAACGUGCUGAAGAGGAAUCCCAGCUUGUGUCUGAGCCCUCGGCAUGUCCUUUCUGCGUCCAGCCCGAAUUUGGCGUUACCUACGCUCCUCCUCCGUUCCGACGAGGAUUGACCUAUGCAAGCUCGAAUGGUCUGCAUCCCACCCUACCCCUGUCUCCGGGCUCUUCCAACUCUUCUCUCAACUCGGCAGCAGCUGCUAAUAGUGCUGCCGCGCUUCCUGGACGCCGUAGAGCGACCUCUCUUUCAGCCACUGACCCAGGCGUCAUCACAACUGAUAAAAUUCGCCCCGACUGGGCCCAGAAAUUAGCUAAUGCGAGGGCGCAUGCUGCGCGUCGCUCUGCCGCCGCCACUGCUCUUCAUACAGCCGCUUACUUGAUGAACUCGGGAGGCAGCGAGUCCCGUAGCCUCGGCCGGCGGGGAUUACGAAGAACAGGCGCAAGCAGCUCUGGAGCCCAAACGCCUGCAAAUCGACCCACCGGUGGCUCUCAAGCUCUUCACGCCCUGGCCUUCUUAUCCGAAAGGAGGAAUGCCGCGAAUGCAUCUGAGCAACAAACAAACGAAGGUGGCGCGCAAGGCCCUCCUCGCGGAAACGCCAGACGAAGCCGAAUCGAUGAUUUAGAAGAGAUGAUGAUGAUGGAAGCUAUCAGGAUGAGCUUGGCUAGUGAAGAAGAACGACGGAGGAAAGAGGAGAAGGAAAUUCGCAAGGAGGCAAAAAGGAGAGAGAAGGAAGCAAAGAAGGCGGAGAAGGCGAUGCGGAAAAAUGGAAUCUAUAGCAACAGUCAAACGAAUUCUGCUAUCUUUACUGGCCCGGCUGUUAGUCGAGUUGACAGCAGCUCCUCAUCAGUCCUCACUGAGGAACAGUCUGGCGGGAACAAGGGCAAAGGCGUUGAUCGCACCUCUCCCACUGCUGAUGUUGCUGGAGCAGAGUCUACUGGCGAAAGUGCUGCUGGGUCAGCUAACCGCGAUGUGGAUCCGUCCACCUCAGCAGAACCUUCACGGCCAUCACACCUACGACACAUGUCGAACGCUUCCUCGACGUCUUCCUCGUAUCUGGAAUCCGGAGCUAGCGAACAACAGCCUGCUGAGUCACAACCGAGUGAUUCACACUCCGGAACGGAGUCCAUGUUUAAUUUCCGAAGCCUAGCGUCUGUUAUUGGCGAUGAGGAAAAAUCAGAAUCUGCAGAGCAUGUUGAAGACACCGUUCAGCAGUCCUCGGUGAAGAAUUCUUCUACAGCAGAGGCGACUGAAACAGAGGCCCCCAAGCCCAACAAAGAAAAUGAUGCUGACAACAUAACUCCGAUGGAAAGCGAGUCUCCACAGAACCCAACAACGGGAAUGGUUCCCAAAGAAAUCAACGCACAAUUGGUCGAGGUUUCUGGCGAGGCUACCGUUUGA